AUGUCAGAUGAUAUCAGGAAAAGGUUUGAAUUUCCAAAUUCUCUUAUCCAAUCACAGGUAAUUUUUAUUUAUUUAAUUAUUUUUGCUUCAUGUAAGUAAGUCACUUGGAGGAACAAACUUGAUGUAUGUACUAACCAAACUCCGGCUUUGAACUUGCUGUGGGAGAAGUGUUGCGGUGAUAAUGCGGUGGUUCGAACGGCCUGCUGCGAGGCUCUGGUGGCACUCGUCGCCCAGGAUCACGCAGAGUUCAGCUAUGUGCUCAAUGGGAUACUCAACCUGAUUCCGUCGACCAGGAAUACACAUGGCUUGCUAAAAGCCAUUAUGAAGUUAUUGCAAAUGCAAGCUCUAAAGGAAGGACAAGGUGGGGAGAAGAAUAUUCGGAAUUUAUAUACUAUAAGAAAUCGUCCUCAGCCUUUGAUCACUGUGCUUGAACAUAGACCUGAUUGCUGGCCAGUACUUUUGCAGCAGCUGACGGCUUUUUUCCAGCGAUGUCCUGAAAGGAGUAUUAUAUUGGGAUUUGGAAAUAGUUAUUUUAAUGAAAUUUGUCCAGAUAUUCAUAAGGUAAAAGAUUUGGUCCAGACAACAGAAGUGAUGACGUUUAUUGAAGAAGUAUAUUUAAGCCUUCUGCGUCAUCCCAUUUUCUGGAAAAUUCAGCUUAGCCAGCUGACCCUUCAGCUCUUGUGUGUCUGUGAAGUCAGCUUAAAGAUAACUGGGGAAUGCUCCUCGUUAAUUCACCUUUUAGAACACAGCGUUGAACUUCUGAAGGAGGAUUUUCCUGUUGAACUGGUCAUAAUUGGAAUAGCUUUACUGCUUCUACAGACUCCAGCAAGUCAGCAGAAGCCGAUCUUAAGUCUGGCUCUGAAGCUCGUCUCUUUUGCUGAGGGUCAGAAAAUCCCAAAGGCCUCCUUGGUGCUGGUGAUGCCCCUUCUGCAGAUCCUGUCUUCUACUGCCUUGGAAGACUGUAUGUCCACGGACGAAGAAGGUCCCUCUAGGCAGCAGUUGGCUGUAAACCUUUUGGAAAUAGUACAGCAGGAAUCCUGCAGAGACGACCGCCAGAAGCUCUCCUACAAGCUUGCGUUCCCCAUAACCGGCAUGUAUGGAUCAAUAUUUACAGCCUGGAGGAUCCUCGAAGUAAUGAGAGAAAAGUCUGCUGCAAGUGACUGGUUGUUUUCCGUAGAGUCCUUGCUCCCUAUAACCACAGUAAUCCCUGCGCAUGUUUUUCUUUUGUUGGCUCACCUCCUUGUUGAAGAUCAAGGACAAAAUCUUCGCCAAAUACUGAAGGUCACUACAGAAUUGGCCCAAGCAGAUUCCUCUCAGGUACCAAAUCUGAUUCCAGUUUUGAUGUUCAAAUUGGGAAGACCACUGGAACCUGUAUUAUAUAAUGAUAUCUUGUAUACUUUGCCUACACUUGGUGUUCACAAGGUGUGCAUAGGACAAAUUCUACGAGUGAUCCAACUUCUUGGAACUACUCCACACCUAAGAGCUGUCACUGUGCGCUUGUUGACAUCUUUGUGGGAAAAGCAGGAUCGUGUAUAUCCUGAACUGCAGCGUUUCAUGGCCAUGUCUGACGUGCCUUCUCUGUCUGUGGGCAAGGAAGUCCAGUGGGAGAAACUCAUCGCUAAAGCAGCAUCGAUAAGAGACAUAUGUAAGCAAAGGCCCUAUCAGCAUGGAGCAGACAUGUUGGCAGCCAUUUCCCAGGUGUUGAAUGAGUGCACCAAACCUGACCAAGCCACUCCAGCAGCCUUGGUGCUACAAGGUCUUCAUGCCCUCUGCCAAGCUGAGGUUGUUUGCAUUCGCUCCACGUGGAAUGCUCUCUCCCCGAAGCUCAGCUGUGACACGAGACCUCUCAUUUUGAAGACCCUCAGUGAACUGUUCUCUCUGGUUCCUUCCUUGACAGUCAAUACAGCUGAAUAUGAGAAUUUUAAAGUCCAAGUCCUCAGCUUCCUCUGGACCCACACUCAAAACAAGGAAUCAAUUGUAGCAAACGCUGCCUAUAAAUCUCUGUCACAUUUUAGCGCGGGAGAGCAUACCGUUCUUCAUCUGCCCGAAGAGAUAAGACCGGAAAUCCCUAUUCCUGAUGAGCUAGAAGAAGAUGAAGAUGAUGAGGGUGAUGAAAAGGAUCUGGAUCUUUCCAUCCCUGGCUCUUGCUAUCUCAAACUAUUGUCACUUACUGCUCCUUUGGUUUUUCCAGCUUUGGAGGAAUUUUUUACAUCUCUUGUGAAGCAAGAAAUGGUGAAUAUGCCCCGUGGAGUAUAUCACUCUGCAUUAAAAGGAGGUGUUCGCUCAGACCAAGGAAAGACCGUAGCAGGAAUCCCCAAUUUUAUAUUGAAAAUGUAUGAAACAAACAAGCAACCGGGUUUGAAACCUGGCCUUGCAGGUGGUAUGUUAUUUUGUUAUGAUAUUUCAACGUACCAGAGUAAAGAAGGCAAACCAUUGAAUCGACUGAUGGCCAGUAGAGGGCGAAGUUUCAAGCAGACCUCGCUUGCUCUUGUGCAUGAGGUUCACAUCCAGCUUUCUGAGUGGCACCGUGCGAUUUUCCUGCCACAGGCCUGGCUUGCGUAUAUGAGUCGAGCCUACCAUGCCAUUUUACAGGGCAGAAUAGGAGAACUGGAUUUGCAGUUGAAACAUGGGAAGGAAGGACCCGAGGAGGUGCAGUACAAAAAAGGCACAGCCUGGCUCUGGGUCCGAGACAUGUUGACUGAUGAGAUCACCAAGACGGCUGUGAAGGAGAGCCCAGUGGUCAAGGGCAACGCGCUGUUAGCCUUAAGCAGCCUUGCUGUCGUCGUAUCCAGACACGAAGCCAGCCUCUCCUCCGACUCUGAGGGGGUCCCGGAGGUUCAUCCUAAUUUCCUUUCAAUGAAAGAGUGGGUUUCCAUGGUGUCUGAUACUCUCCUGGUCAUUGUGGAUAGCCAUCACCAACCCAGAGGACAAAUCUUCUCCUCAUUUUAUUAUAAAUCCUAUUCUGGUGAAAACACAGCCAGUGCCAUUGCCCGCUCGGCUGCCGCCACGGCUUUGUCUCUCCUCGUGCAAGUUUUCAUUAUCUCUUGCAAAGAGAAGGUUGAGGAAAUCCUCAACAUGCUGACUGCCAGGUUACCUGGGAAACCAAGAGCUGAUGAGUCUCAAGCCGUGCAAAUCCACAUGGGCCUUGCUUUGGGGAUGUUUCUGUCCCGCUUGUGUGAGGAGAAACUCAGUGAUAUAUCUGGCCAACAGAUGAACCUCCUUCUGAUGAAGUCUUUGGAUGCCCUGGAAAAUUGCUGCUUUGAUGCUAGUCUUGAAUAUAACACGGGCUGUAUAUUGGGAGUUGGACUUGUUCUGUCCCUCAUGAGCCACAGCAGCCGAAUGGAGUCUCGAGUUCAUGUGGCAGCAUCGCUUCGGAAGCUGUCUACCUACCUGGAUGACAGUGGGAGCCAAAGCAGAACAUUUCAGGAGGUCCUUGCCUAUACCCUCAGCUGUGUAUGCACAUCAGCAUUCAGUGCCGGAAUCAUUGAGGCUACCGAGGCUGAAGAUAUCAUGAACAAGCUUCAGCUGUUGGUAGAAAACAACCAACAGACGUCAGGUUUUGCCCUAGCGUUAGGAAACCUGGUUCACGGAUUGUCUGUGUGUGGACACGGAAAAGCGGAGGACUUGGGCCACCGGCUGCUCCCUGCCUGGAUCAGAAUUGUUCUGACAGAGGGCACUCCGACAAUGCUCUGUCUUGCAGCUCUUCAUGGCAUGGUGGCCUUGGUGGGCUCUGAAGGGGAUGUAAUGCAGCUGAAGGCAGAAGCCAUCCAGACCUCUCAUUUUCAAGCCAGACUUAAUGAAGUCAUUAAAACUGUAACUCAGGUCAUCAGCGUGUCUGGAGUGAUUGGUCUUCAGUCAAAUGCGCUCUGGCUUCUGGGCCAUCUUCAUCUGUCUACUCUGUCCUCGAGUCAAAGUAGGACCUCCGUUCCUACCGACUAUAGCUAUUUGCCCGAGAGCAGUUUUAUUAGAGCAGCCAUUGGCUUCUUCAUUACAGGAGGAAAAAAAGGUCCUGAGUCUGUGCCUCCUUCCCUUCUCAAAGUCGUGAUGAAACCCAUCGCAGCUGUUGGAGAGAGCUACCAGUUCCCCCCCGUGAGCUGGGCCGCGCUCCUCUCGCCACUCAUGAGGCUAAACUUCGGAGAAGAAAUACAGCAGCUGUGCCUGGAAAUUAUGGUGACGCAGGCGCAAUCAUCCCAGAAUGCAGCUGCGCUGUUGGGACUGUGGGUGAUGCCACCACUGAUCCAUAGUCUGAGUUUAUGCAUGAGUGCCUUACAGGGCCUGAGUCAGGCCAUGAAACUGCCCAGCCCUGCCCACCACCUCUGGAGUCUGCUCUGCGAAGCCACCGGGAAGAUUUUUGACCUUCUGCCAAAGAAGAUUCGGAGAAAUGAUCUAGAGCUAUAUAUCAGCGUAGCAAAAUGCCUCUCAGAAAUGACAGAUGAUGAAGCCAAUCGAGUUGCCCAGAUUACUGAGAGCAGCGUAGAAAAGGCUGCCUUUGUCAGACUGUACUUGGUCUCUCAAGGACGAUUCCCCUUGACGGGCUUGACUGAUAUACUCAGCGUUGCUAUUCAGCACCGUGAAAAAGACACACUAGCUUGGAUGGUACUGCACGGUUUAUACCAAGCCCGGAUUGUGAGCCAUGCCAACACAGGCGUGUUGAAGAGAAUGGAAUGGCUCUUGGAACUGAUGGGUUACAUCAGAAACCUUGCAUACCAGUCUACCUCUGCAAGACUCAUUCACAGACCUGCUCAAACUUUGCCGACCCACGCUUUGCGGGGCCUUGGCAGCGGUGGCGGCGGCAGGUACCCUCCGUGGAAGCCGGGCACGCACUUUGCUGAAACUGGGUGGCCCGCCCACCCGCUCUUUGCAGAUCCGCACGGGCUGACCCCGUGGUGGCGACCGUGCCCGUCCACUGUGGCCCCAGAUGCGGUGGCAUGUCCCCUCACCCUGGCGCACACGUCUUGGGGGGGCUUUGCGCAUCGCCCUCCCGAGCCCGUUGCAGAUCCACCUCCUCCAGCUUUGGACUUCUUGUUGCUGAUAUUUGCAAUCGCAGUGGUUGCAUGGGCAGACCACGCGGCCCCUCUCCUCCUUGGCCUUAGUGCCAGUUGGUUGCCAUGGCACCAGGAAAAUGGCCCAGCUGGGUCAGCUUCGAGCUUCCUUGGCAGGAGUCCAAUGCACAGGGUCACUCUGCAGGAGACUCUCACUCUCCUUCCCAGUAGCAUGCCUAUUCUGCUGCAGAAAGAGCCAUGGAAGGAACAGACCCAGAAGUUCAUUGACUGGCUCUUCAGCAUCAUGGAAAGCCCCAAAGAAGGCCUCUCAGCCAAAUCCAGGGAUCUUUUGAAAGCCACCCUGCUGUCCUUGAGAAUUCUCCCAGAGUUUAAGAAGAAAGCCGUAUGGACCAGAGCGUAUGGUUGGUGA